UAAGGUGCCAAGCCAGCAGAAUUGUUAGCAUGCCAGGCAAAAUGCUUAGCAACAUUUUGUCUGUCUUUACAUUCUGAGCUCAAAUUCCACCAAGAUUGACUUUGCUUUCAUCCUUUCAGGGUCAAUUCUUUGAUUGUGAGCUCUAGGGUUGGUAUAAUUGAGUUACUUCCUUCCUUGAACUUGCUGGCCCAGAGCCAAAAUUUGAAAUCAUUAUAGAUUAUGCAUAUGAUUGCUAUAUAAUAUAGACAGAUACUAUAGGAAUAUAAUAUAGAUACCAUUGUUAUAUAAAAUUAGACAGGUACUGUGACCAUAUGGGUGAUAUAUGUGGCUAUAUAACAUAAGCAGACACUGUAGAUAGGUAGGUAGAUAGAAUGUUUCCACACCUUUCUAUAUACACAUGGAAAUAAGUAUAUGGAUAUAUAUUGUGGACAGACACACACAUAUAUACACACGUAGUUAGAUACAUUUGUUCAUACUGAAUUAGACAUAUGUACAAUAAGUAGCAACAGUAUGAUGUAUAUACUGGUAGAUGUAUAUACAUGUAGACACUAACAAGUGGACGUGUGUACACAUACACACACACACACACACACACACAUACAUACACACACUGACACCAAGGCUAGAGUGAUGGUGAUGAUGAUGAUGGUGAUAGUGGUGUGUUGUGACUUAACGCUUUCCAUUUAUUUAUUUCUCUGUUUAAACUGUCUCCGAAUAAACGUCCACUCAGGUGUAAAUCUGUUGUUAAGUGAUGACCUCAAGGUCCACUCACUUGAGUGGAGCAUCGCAAUCAAUUUUCUCUUGUCAAACAAAGAUACUGAGGUUGACUCAUUUGAGUGCAUAUCUCAACUUUACUCUUGUCAUGCCAAGAACACUCGAUUGAUUCACUUGAGUGAGUGCAAACCUCAAUAUGAUUUUGCCAAAUGAGGAUCUCAAGGCUAACUCAGGUGAGUUUAGGAUCUCAACUUUUUGUCAAAUAAGUCUUGAAGUUCACUCAUUUGAGUACAGAUAUCACUUUUUCUCUUGAUAUACCAAAGACAUGAGUUUCACUCACUUGAGUGCAAACUUCAGUUUUGUUUUGUCAAGGGAAACUCACCAAAAUAUAAUGAAUUUUUUUUUUUUAAAUUUGCCCAAAUUAAUUAAUUAAUCUCGUUUCCAGUUACAGCAGAUUGGAAACAAUAUACUGUAAUUGGUGUUCGUUAAUGUUAACAGUCAUGUAAUUAUUAUUAAUAUGUCUGCGGUUAACCAUGUUAGGUCAUGUGGGCAACACAGUCACAUGAUCUCCUUUAAUCCUUUCUAUUGGUGCUUAUUUUAUUUUGUUGACUUUUUUACGCAUGGUUUCUUUUUAUUUUUAUUGUUUUAUUUUCAUGCUGUUGUUAUUCUUCCGGUUUGUAUUGAACUUUCGACUUCUUGAUAGCAAAUGAAAUCGAUCUAAUAUAAUGUAAAAGAAAAAAAAGGAAAAAAAAACAGGAAAGAAAAGAAAAAAUAUUAAAUUAUAUUAAUGAUACAGAAGAAGAAGAAGAUGAUGAAAAAGAAUUUUGAAACAAUCAUGUGAAUAACAUUUUCUCCAUAUCAGAGCAUCAUCAAUCAAGUCUGCCGAAAAAAAAAAAGGAAAAACAUAGGAAGAACCGGAGAGAGACAUGGGCAAAGUGUGUUCUAAGAAAUUUAUUCCGAUCGCUAAAACGAAAGGUUCCAAGACUAUCAGGAUUUACCUGUGUACCUGGAACGUUGGCACUAAACCCCCGCCCGAUGACCUAGCGUCGCUACUCUCACUCGAUACAGACCUGCGCCCAGAUAUCUAUGUUAUUGGAUUACAAGAAGUGAGUACAUCUGAUCUCAGUGCUACAGACAAUCCCUGGACAAUAAAACUCACCUCUACUAUAUGUUCCAAAGGUUAUAUCAGAUUCAAAGAUGUCCGUCUCUCAGGAAUGCUGGAACUUGCUUUCUGUCGCCAGAACAUUUUCACAUCAAUUAAUGGCAUCGAAUCGGAGAAGACCAAAACUGGGUUCGGUGGCUGGUGGGGCAAUAAAGGUGGUGUCUGCAUCAGGUUUGAUGUCAAUGGUAUCAACAUGUGUAUCGUGAAUUCCCACUUAGCAGCCCACAGGGACCAGACUCCGGAACGAAUCAUGGAUUUAAACAGUAUCCUGGAAGAUCAGAAAUUUAGAGAUGAUGAUGUCAAUAAUAUAUUGGACCAUGAUUAUGUAUUGUGGCUGGGCGACCUCAACUUCCGGCUGGAUGACCUGCCCCGUGAAGAAGUGUUGACACGAAUCAAAGAGAAAGAUUACAGCUAUUUAUUACAUUAUGACCAAUUGAACAAGACCAGAAGCCAGGGCCUUGCUUUUGUUGAUUUCAAAGAGGGGCCAAUCAACUUCCCCCCUACCUACAAAUUUGAUGUGGAGUCUGAAAUCUAUGAUACCAGUGAGAAGCAACGCGUCCCUGCUUGGUGCGACAGAAUACUCUGGUUGGCCCACGACGACAGCUACGAAGGCGUGCAUCUCGACGUGAAGCAGCUGCACUAUAAACACCACCCCAGCUACAAGACCAGUGACCACCGGCCAGUUACAUCUCUGUUUGAGGUCAAGAUCCUGUCAUUUGUGACCAACACUCUUCCUGUCAUAUUCCACCAACAGAACAAGUGGGCAAAGGGCGAUGUUGUGGUAAAAUUUGUUAUUAACAGAUACCAACCAACCACCUGGGACUGGGUCGGUCUUUAUCAGGAAGAUUUCACCAACAUCGAUCACUACGAGGAUUUCGAAUAUGUUGUACCCCACAGCAAAGAGUCAGAAGAACCAUUAAAAGUGACAUUUCUGCUGAGCAAAUUCAAGCAUUUGCGAGGAAAACAUAUUUUACUGUAUAUUGGAACCUACAAGAAUACCAUGUUGGGACUGAGCAAUGUGUUCUUGAUCAACCACUGAAGACCAAAAACCACGUGUGAUGUUGUGGAGUUCAGUUCAGUCUAUUCUCCUUGGUGCUAACUGAGUCUGUCGUCUCAUCUCUUUGAUGUCAUCCUGACUUUCUCACAGAACAUUGGUCCUUUGUCGUUGGUGUGAGGAAGGAGAAGAAAAGGAAGGAGUGAGAGUCUCCUUCAACGCCAACUCCCCCCCUCCUUUCUCUCUCUCUCUCUCUCUCUCUCAUGAUCUCACCUCUUCCUCCUCCUUCUCUACUGAAAUAGCGUGACUGAUCUCUCUGGUUUGACACAGUGUGUAUGUCAGUAUGUACACAGAUUGUACUUAUAUAUAUAUAUAUAUAUAUAUAAUAUAUAUACACAUACUGAUGGAUGGACGGAUGUGUACAUGCGAAUACACGAGAUGGGGGUGGGCCAUACACUCUCCAUCUGUCUUGCAAUCCUGACCAUGUUACCAUAACAACAGACUAGUUUUUUUUAAAAAUUCCUUGACAACACUGCCACUCAUUCCCCACCCAAAUGUUAUUUUCUUAACCCCCCCCCUCACCACCACACUCUCUCUCUCUUUCAUUUUAUAAUCCUCAUACUUAAUUCCAUCAUACCCUUAAACUACCAUUCCUAAAUCUCCCACCUUCAUAUAUAUAUAUAUAUAUAUGCAUAUAACAUUAAAGGAGGGCAUGCACCUCCACCAAGCAUGUCUGAAGAAUUGUCAACAUUGCUAAGUGCAAUAGACGGUGCAAAACCAUGGCUACUGUUUUGACCAGUUACAUCAGACCUUCAAACCGGAAGUGGCAUUUUUCUUGGGAUAACAUUUACAUUUGUAUAUAAGCAUAAAUGUUUACUCAAAUAAAAUUGCAUUUCAUGUUCGAUGCUCUGAUGAAGCUGUAAGGUGAUACACAAGCAUUCAACUAUGAAUGCAUUGCAUCUUAUAGCAGAAACGGCUGGGAGCUAAUGAAGUUCCUUACAUCACUUUUUU